GUCGGACCCUCCACCAGCCGGCAGAGAUGGCUUGAGAGGCGGAUAGCAGGACGGUUUCGCUCCGCUGCAAGUUUCUCUCUCGGUUAAUAAUAAUAGUAAUACGCAAUAUGCUCACUUCAAAUGGGUAACGUGUUUAUAUGGCCAGCUCCGAGUUACUCAGCUGCUGUUUUUUGUGCCUAAAAUCUUCCGAGAGGUGAUAAUGGCAAAUGUUAAAGUUGCUGUCCGAGUCCGUCCACUCAACGAAAGGGAGAGUGCGGACAGAGGGAGGGUAGCGGUUCAGGUGGAGGAUAAGUUUGUGAGGAUCCAAAAUGUCAAGCUCGAUGGACGUACGGACAGCAUUGUGGAUUCCAGGGAGAAGUUCCUGGAGUUUCGCUUUGACUACUGCUACUGGUCGGUGGACCCUGUAGACCCUCACUAUGCUUCGCAGGAGGAGGUGUUCCAGGACUUGGGUGUGUCGGUACUGGCUGGAGCGUCUGAGGGCUACAACGUGUGUCUGUUUGCUUACGGCCAAACGGGAUCUGGAAAGACAUACACGAUGAUGGGGACACCGGAUUCCAUCGGCUUGACCCCUCGGAUCUGUCAGGGUCUCUUUAGGUCUGAAGACACUUUUCCUGAUGGUCAGAACUCGAGCAGAGUAGAGAUCAGCUUUCUGGAGAUCUAUAACGAGCGUGUCAGAGACCUACUGAAAGGAGGAGAGCAGAAGAAGAGAGCUUCCCUGAGAGUCAGAGAGCACCCUGAGAAAGGGCCUUAUGUACAAGACCUUUCGCAGCAUGUGGUCUCAGAUGGCAAGCAGGCCAUGGACCUUUUGGAGGAGGGCAUUGCAAACCGCAUCACUGCAGCAACCCACAAUCAUGAUGCCAGUAGCAGAUCCCACGCCAUCUUUACUAUCCAGUACACACAGGCAAUACUAGAAAAUAACCGUCCUUCAGAAACCGUUAGCAAGAUUAACCUUGUGGACUUGGCAGGGAGUGAGAGAGCAGACUACAACUACUGCAGGGAUAGACUAACAGAGGGCUCCAACAUCAACAAGUCGCUGGUCACUUUGGGCAUCGUCAUUUCUGCUCUUGCCCAGAACUCCCAGAUGUCCAGCAGCUGCCAGAGUAUCAACAGCAUGGCUUCUGAGGGCGACAGCAGCACGGUCGGUAGUCACAGCAGCUCCCUGUCUGGAGGAGGAGGUGGUGGCAGCAGGAGGCACUGCUUCAUCCCCUACAGAGACUCAGUGCUGACCUGGCUGCUGAAAGACAGUUUAGGCGGCAACUCCAAGACCAUUAUGAUUGCAACGGUCUCGCCCUCCGUUAACAGCUACAACGAGACCCUGAGCACCCUUCGCUAUGCUGCCCAUGCCAGAAAUAUUGUCAACAAGCCUCGGGUUAAUGAGGAUGCUAACGUUCGGCUGAUCAGAGAGCUGAGAGAGGAGAUCGACAGGCUGAAGAGCAUGCUGCUCAGCUUUGAAAUGCAGCGUAAUCCCAGUCCAUCCCUCAGUGAUGAGAGGGACGGGACUCUUUCUGACAUUGUGCUGCAGAACGAACUAAAGGUUGAGCAGCUCACAAAGGACUGGUCGGAGGGCUGGAGAGACAAGAAGGAGCUGCUGGAGCAGUACAGCGUGGACAUCAACAGAGACCGAGCUGGUUUCCUCAUCAACUCCCUACAACCACACCUGGUGGCUCUCGAAGGAGAUGUUCUCAGCACCGGGGUCGUCUUCUAUCACCUCAGGGAAGGAGUUACCCACAUCGGACCUCAAGAUCAGUUUGAAGAACCACAAAUAGUUCUGCAGGGCAAUGCCAGCUGUGAGAUCGAAAACCAUGGAGGUGUCGUAACGCUCAGACCGCUGCCAGGCUGUGUCUGCCUGCUCAACGACAGGGGGGUUACUGAGCCCUGCAGACUAGCUCAAGGUCAGUUCAUGUCCUCAACAGAUCAUGUGCAACAAAGGAUAUGUCUCUCUUUGUCUGUAGGGACUGUGAUCACCUUAGGAGGAGUGCAUAAGUUUCGCUUCAACCACCCAGCAGAGGCAGCCGUCCUCCGUGAGCGCAGGCGGGCCAGUGAAGGUGGCAUGUCCUGCACGUACAUCGAUCUUUGCCCCCUCACCCCUGACCACAGUGAUGAGCAAGUGAAGCUCCAAGAGCAGCCGGGAGCCAGUCUCUCCCCUGGUGAGGAGCCUACUGCUAAACAGCGUGUGGAGGAGCAGCAGCGCUACGUGGAUAGUUUGCGACAGGAGAUUCACUCUGGGCAGAGACGGGCUGAGAGAGAUUUGGAGAGGGAGCAGGCCCACCUCCGACAGCAGCAGAGUGAGAUCCAGCAGUGGAUUUUGCAGGAGAAACAGCGUCUGUCAGCUGUAGAUCAAAGAGUCACCCAGGAGCUUGGAGUUCAAACAGACCUGGUCCCUGCACCCCUCCUUGAGCGGCUGACAAAUCAGGCAUCUGGGGAUCAGGAAGGUCUAAUAGUAAAUCGUCCAUCCCAGGUAGUAAGGGCCAGGAAGAAAGCGGUACAGGAGGAGUUGCUAAAGCAUCACGCCCUCUGCCGUGCUGAGAGCCGCAUCCGGCGGAAAAGACUUCAUUACCAGCUGGAGAGAAUCGCUCGCAAGCGGGAUCUUUUGGAAGCUAAGAGAGAAUUGCAGCGGCUGGAAAAGUCCUUGCCUCCAGGACCAGACAGCCCUGAGUCUCCUGAGCUAGGGUCUCCCCAGAAGCUCAGAGGGCGACCGUUUGUUUCUCGAAGACAUUCAUUCUCAGCAGAUCUUCUGUCCCGGCUCUACCCACAGCACACCCCUAUCUUCAGACACUUCCUGAAGAGAAACAGAUCCCCAGAACUUACUUCCAAUUCGUCCGUAACGUCUGAUUCCAUUGGCAGCAGGAAGUGGGUUUCGGAUGAGUGCAUUCCUCGGGAAAGGACCCAGAGUUGUUCCGGCACUCUGUUCUCAGGACAAAGUAAAGCCUGCCGGAAUAGAGUCGGCUCCUCUGAAAACAUCAGACAAACCUCCAAGGAGGAGCCCCAAGCUCAGCCCUGCAGGGAACGUCCAGAAAGGAAACCUCUGCUGCCGAACCGAGAACUGUCUUUUAAGAACCGCCGGUCAGCAAAGAAAAUGUACAAGGAUCCACAACAGAGAAACUGA